AAAGUUUUUCUGAGAAAGGUGGCAAAAGGUUCCUUGGAAAAAGGUGGAAAGACCUUUUGGUUAGCCAAGUAUAAAUAGGGGCGGAACAUUAGCCGUAUCCUAAAGAAAAGAGAGAGAGAGCAGCGAUGGAAUCCUUUGGAGCUUAUACAGUUGGGGCAGAGCUGGAGCGCAAAGCCUAUUGGCCGGAAUCUAAACUCCGGAUUUGCAUCACCGGUGCUGGAGGAUUCAUAGCAUCGCACAUUGCACGGCGGCUCAAGGCGGAGGGACACUACAUAAUCGCAUCGGACUGGAAGAAGAACGAACACAUGAGCGAGGAUAUGUUCUGCCAUGAGUUCCAUCUCGUGGAUCUCCGCGUCAUGGACAACUGCAUGGUUGUGACGAGGGGCGCGGAUCACGUCUUCAAUCUCGCGGCCGACAUGGGCGGGAUGGGUUUCAUCCAGUCGAAUCACUCGGUCAUCCUUUUCAACAAUACCAUGAUCAGCUUCAACAUGCUCGAGGCCUCCCGAAUCAAUGGAGUCAAAAGAUUCUUUUACGCGUCGAGCGCAUGCAUUUAUCCAGAGUUCAAACAGCUAGAAACGAACGUGAGCCUCAAAGAAGGCGAUGCAUGGCCGGCAGAGCCCCAAGAUGCCUAUGGGCUGGAGAAGCUGUGCACCGAAGAGCUGUGCAAGCACUACACCAAGGACUUUGGAAUCGAGUGCCGGAUUGGGCGCUUCCACAACAUCUACGGGCCUUUUGGUACCUGGAAAGGCGGACGAGAGAAGGCUCCAGCCGCGUUUUGUCGCAAGGCCUUGACUUCCACCGACAAAUUCGAGAUGUGGGGCGAUGGUAUGCAGACGCGAUCCUUCACGUUCAUCGACGAGUGCGUGGAGGGCGUCUUGCGACUCACCAAGUCCGACUUCCGGGAGCCGCUCAACAUCGGCAGCGACGAGAUGGUGAGCAUGAACGAGAUGGCGGAGAUGAUCCUGGGCUUUGAAAACAAGCAAAUUCCAAUCCAGCACAUCCCCGGGCCGGAGGGAGUCCGCGGAAGGAACUCGGACAACAGUCUGAUCAAGGAGAAGCUGGGCUGGGCUCCCUCGAUGCGACUGAGAGAUGGGCUGCGAAUCACCUACAUGUGGAUCAAGGAGCAGCUUGAGAAGGAGAUGGCGGAGGGAUCACACGACUUGGCGGCAGCUUAUAGCUCCUCCAAGGUUGUGGGAACUCAAGCUCCAGUCCAACUCGGCUCACUCAGGAAGGCCGAUGGAAAGGAGUGAUGAAUUCCAUAUACAAUAGUGUGACUUCAGUUUUUCUGU